AUGCGCCCCCUAACGCUUCCUGUCCUCGCUGCGCUCGCAGCAUCAUGCGCGGCCACUCAUCCCACGUUGCCUCCCGUCACCAGUGAGGCAUUACAGGCGCUGAUAUCGCUCGAUGAGCUCACCAGCGGAGCCAAACAAUUGCAGGCAAUCGCCGACGCAGCGGGCGGGAACAGAGUCUUUGGGUCCAAAGGCCACAACGACACCGUUUACUUUCUCUACGACACCUUGCUUGCCACGGGCUACUACGAUGUCUACCUCCAAGACUUCGUCGAGCUGUUCUCCGGCGGGACCUCCUCGUUGACCGUGAACGGCGAGACUGUGCCAGCCGACUUGUUCACCUAUGACAGCAGCGGUUCGGCGAGCGCGAAUCUCGUGGCAGUGAGCAACCUGGGAUGUGAGGUCACGGAUUUCCCGCCGGAAUCGGCCAAUGCGGUCGUGCUCAUCUCGCGCGGCGAGUGUCCUUUCGCACAGAAGGCGGCCAACGCCGCCGCCGCGGGUGCUCUGGGCGCGCUGAUCUACAACAAUGUCCCCGGCGCCAUCUCCGGAGGCACGUUGUCAGAACCAGGCGACUACGCCCCAGCACUGAGCAUCUCGCAAGAGGAUGGCCUGGCGCUCCUCGCGGAACUCGAAGCCGGAGCGCCCGUGGCGGUCGAGCUUGAGGUCAACGCCGUCCUCGAGAACCGCACCACCUUCAACGUGAUUGCCGAGACGAAAGGCGGAGACCACGACAACGUGAUCGCCCUCGGAGCCCAUACAGACUCGGUCGAAGUAGGCCCCGGCAUCAACGACAACGGCUCCGGCACGAUCGGCAUCCUCAACGUGGCCAUCGCGCUAUCCAACUUCACCAUCACGAACGCCGUGCGAUUUGGCUUCUGGAGCGCCGAGGAAUUCGGCCUCAAAGGCAGCACACACUACGUGUCGACGCUCAACCAAACGGCCGGCGAAACAGCCAAGGUCCGGGCGUACCUCAACUUCGACAUGAUCGCCUCGCCGAACUACGCCUACAUGAUCUACGACGGCGACGGGUCGUCCUUCAACCUGACUGGCCCGCCUGGCUCCGCUGAGAUCGAAGCCGACUUCGAGGCCUUCUUCACGUCCGCUGGCGAGAACUUUACCUCGACCGCCUUCGACGGGCGGUCCGACUACGGGCCGUUCCUCGAGAACAACAUCCCCGCCGGCGGCCUAUUCACCGGUGCCGAAGACACAAAGACCCCUGAGGAAGUGGCGGCGUUUGGGGGCACCGCCGACGUGGCUUACGACGCCAACUACCACCAACCCGGCGACAACAUCGACAAUCUCAACUUGGACGCCUUCCUGCUGAACACCAAGGCGAUUGCCAACUCGAUCGCCCUGUAUGCUACCGAUCUGAGCAAGAUUCCGCCCGUCAGUGCGACGGCCCCGACAAAGCGCGUUCGCCGCGUGUAUUCGAGAGAUGCCGUGCGGACCACGCCUAGGCAGAAGAGGGCCUCUGGCUUGAAGCCCCACGCGCGAACCAGGAGGGGACCAGCGCCGACUAUGUAG